UUUAAUUCCAAAGACUAGACUUUCAAUAGUCGUCAGAAGGCUUUUCCAUCCUAUCGUAUUCCUAUCCGUGGCCGCUAGAUCCCGUGCCGUGCUCAGCUGCGGAUGCAGAGGAAAGCAGUCAGCCUACAAUAUUUACCAAGAGACUGAGGCCGGAGCAAACACCAUCAGAGCAGUAGUGGGAACAUCAUGAGUGAGGAUACGGAACCGACCGGCGACAUCUUCAACACCGAGGAGGCAAACCCAACCAUUCCCGCCAGGCCCAAUGAUGACGGCGGCCCGGCUGGUAGCGCCAGUGCAUCACACGGUGUAAAGGACAUGUCACGAGGUGGUGGCGGUGGGGGUGGUGCUACAGCGAACGAUGACGGCGAAGAGGAAGAGGAGGAGGUUGACGGCGCACAGGAUCCGGAAAUGUAUUCUAUGAUGGUAGGAGGUCUAUAUGAACUAGACCAAGCAUUACAGGAAUCCGGUAAACUAUUGGAGGCCAAGGAGAAAGAGCUGCAGGAAUGUUUGCUGGAGAGAAACCGACUGAAGGAGGUCAUGGCCAAGGAGAUCCUUCGCAAGACUGAGCUCAGUUCUCUACUAGAAGAUAGUCGGCAACAUGUCAUCGCCCUGGAGGUGCUAAUAGAGAAAUGGCAGGAAGAGGUACGGCAAGUCAAGCAGAAAGAAGAGGUGACACGCACACAGCUAGCCGACACCACCGAGCUACUCAAGCAGGCGCACGAAGAUGCCGCAGAAGCCAAGUCGGAGAGCGCCGCCACGGCCAAGGAGAAUGACACACUGAAGGGACGCGUGAAGGAGCUGAAGAAGAUGCUCGAGGACGGUGAUCAGCUUCUACGAAAAAAUUCCUCUACGGGAAGCAGUGCUGAGCACACGGAACAGGACAUGAACUGGGCCUUCCUGAAGAGCUCCGUCCUCCACUUCUUCACGGACGCGCACCCGUACGAGCAGGCCAAGGCCAUCGUGUCCAUACUCGACUUUGACGCGCAGGACCGCAAGAAGAUCUACGCAAAGCUGGACGAGAAGUUCGGACGGCGACAGCAUUCCGGGUCGCACCAUUGAGCGUCCGUGCACCCUGCAAUGCGAGCGCCGGACAUUUCAGCAAUUCAGUACUUACUUUAUCGCUCAUCUGCCAGUCGCGUACGCUUGCCUUGAUGAUCUCGUCACAACGAGCUCACCACCGUCUUUUGACACACUACUUUGACUGGUCACCGUAAAUCGUUAUGCUGAGGCUAGUCGGUGUCCUAAAUGUUCUAGGUGUCUUGUGCUCGUGUCACGGGUGGGCCUCGAAUGCAGGCAGAUGAACAUGCUGCUCCCUGAGCACGAAUCGCUUUCACGGGAAACUUUCCCUUGCCAUGAACGAGUACUGGUCAUCAUGUGUUGAGGAGAAGUGCGCAAAUGCUCUAUUCCAUCUCGCACGCACGCUGUGUGAGAUGUCACCUUGCUCAAGCAUCCGCACAUCGGCACAGCGACAAUGGCAGGUGUCACGAACUGCACGUAUCCAGGUGGCCUUGACUUUGACGCCAUCGGGCGGACUAGCUGCACGCAUCGCUGCAAUCACGCAGCCUAAGCUCUGCUCCCUGGUUUGUUUGUCGUCGAGUCAUCUUCACAUCGCCUUCACAUCGUGUUAUCGUCACAUCACCAUGCAUCUCGUAGGUAAAGUAUCGGUUAGUGAAAAGCUGACCUCAUGAAAAUAUUAUCAUAAUACUCUACACUACAAGACCUUAGCCACAAGUACAAUAUUCUGUUUCACUUGAACACGCUGAUGCCUUGGUCAUGAAGUUGAAUUUCACCAGAACUGCACCGUGUGCUCACCAGUAACCAUGCCAACAAAUAUAACUCCAUGCAAUAUUUGACAGCACUGCAUGGUGGGGGGGGGGGGGGGAGAGAUUAGGCACUGCUGGAGACUCCUACAUGUGUGUAGGCUCACAUGUAGGUGCAGCUUUGCAAAAUUAUUAUUUGCUUUCAAGUCAUGCUUUUAAUAAUAUCGAUAUUAAUUUCACCUAUUGAGUCUAGAUAUCUUUUUAUGCACUAAAAGUUAUUUUCUACUCAGUUUGUGGGUCGCAUGAGUCAUGAAACGAUAAUUAUAUCAACACCGCCUCUGUUAGUGCUGUUCCCAAUUCAACAUAAUUAUAUCAACACCGCCUCUGUUAGUGUUGCUCCCAAUUUAACAUAAUUAUAUCAACACCGCCUCUGUUUAAUAGUGCUGCUCCCAAUUCAACAUAAUUAUAUCAACACCGCCUCUGUUAGUGUUGCUCCCAAUUUAACAUAAUUAUAUCAACACCGCCUCUGUUAGUGCUGCUCCCAAUUCAACAUAAUUAUAUCAAGCGAAUCACUAUUGUAACCUAUUGUAAAGAAAAAUGACCCAGGAACUACAAGUUCCGCUAUAAUGUCCACUAACACCACCAGUUACUUGACAAUCAGCUCAUGCGAUUGUAGUUCCUUGGUCCUUUUUCUUUACUAUAAAUUAAUCAUUGGCUCUCCAUCCGAGUACUAUUGCUGUAACUACUUAUAUUCUCUAAUUGGCCACCAGCCGGCAUUGUGAGAAUACGGAUUUCAAACCUUCUCUGCAUGGCAAUACUAACAUGAAGCUGACAUUCCCCCCUUUUCAAGGCCUCUAUCAUUGUCACAUCUAUCGAUUUGAAGUCACGUUUCUUGUUCUCUCUAUGCUGUUUGAUUGGAUUUCUCUUGGCCCCAUUUCUUUUUAGUCCGAGUGGUCGUAAGUUGACAUGCUUCCCUUACAUCUUCUUUUA